UUCGCUUGAUUGUUCGCCAUUGUAAACUAACAAAACAGCAGAGCGAUUUUAGGAUUAAGAGUUAUUAAGUGAGAUUUUACUCUUUUGACUUUCGAUUUUGCCAAGAUGUCGAUGGCAACGAAUUACAGAUACGAAGUGGAUCGUCCCGGAGCGAAAAACCUCAGGAAAGCUCUGAAAAGACAGGAAGAAAGAAUCAAGAAUGAUGAGUGCAACUCAGAACAGGAAGCAAAAGUGAAAAGUGAAAUUAGAAUCAACCAGAUUGCAGACUGGAUGGAAAAACAGGAAGAGAAUAGUGAGAGACGAAUGCUGAAAGAGUGGGCUGCUGACACUAAAGAAGAGCUUUCUCUAGCAAACAAAGAAUUGACAGCUGUUAGAAGAGCCCAGCUUCAGAAGCUGUUGUAUACAGAGCAUGCCUUGUAUGAAAUGGAACUUAAUGCACAUGGAAAAUCUUUCUUUAUACAAAGAACAUGAGAUUAAGUGUAACUACAAUGGGUAAAAUUAUGAGAAGAUUACUGUGAUAGGUUCUCACACUCAUUGUUAGUUGUGCUUUUUUCUUGUAAAAUAUUUGCUCCUGUUCCUUUAAUAAUGGAAAAAAUAUGAGGUGACAUAUUAUUUUAACAUCAGAUAACUUGAUAUAAUUUGUUUAAAAAUUCUUCAGAUUUUUACUGCAGUUUUAAUCCUGUAAUGAUACUGUAACAGCUCAUAUACAUGCACGUCAUUGUCAAUGUGUCAGCUGUCUCGUUAGAUGUAUAGCAUUAUAAGUCAACUUUGCUUUAUUUUGCAUACAAAAAUUAUUGUGGCUGCAAAUAGCUAGAUAUGUUUGAUGGGGAAAGAAAUGGCGACUUUUGUGUCUGGGAAGACAGGGUGGUAAUAGGUGCAUGAUCUGAACUGAGUAGCUGGCUGAAAGGAAUUUUCAGGCGCAUCACUUAGAGUUCGUUGCAAAACAUCACGCCCUUCUACAUGUAGGAAGGGUGCAGGGCCAUGCUCCUUUGUAAGAAAAUUGACAUUUGGCAUCUAACAUUCUUGGACAUAUUUGGCUGAAAUGUAUAACUUAUUUUGGCGGGACAUUGAUGUUAGAAUCCGUUCAAAAAUACUUAUUUUCUUGGUUUGGUCACAAUUCCUAGAUUAGCCGGCGCAAAAUGGUCCGACAGCCAUAAGGUUUCUGUCGCCUACUGGCUUCUAAGGGCAAACCUGGUCUCUGAAAGAACCCAUGGACAGGUGAAUACCUGACAAAGUUAAAAAAUUAAUAAUCAGCCCAAAUUAAAUAUAUUUUGAAACAAUCA